CAUCAACGAGUAUUUUCAUUCGAAUUCUUACAUCACUAGUUCCCGGUAGUGCACUGUGCUACACCGUGGACUCGCGAAAAAAUCCUUUAUUUUUGGUUGUACCAUUUUCACGGGAAUAAAGAUGGUAAACGUAAUAUUUGACAACGUUGUGCACCGCGUGGCACCGUUGGUCGAGGAUGAAGGAUGUCAAAACUGUAAUCUAACCUCAACCUGAAAUUAAACAUAACCUCAUUAUAAUGUGUAAUCUGUGAUAUAAACAUGGGUAGGAAAAUACCAGGAAGAAAGCAUAGGGGGAUCAAAGAUCCAGAAAAGCAAGCAGCUGAAAGAUUCUCAAAAAUCAAGGAUAAAAUAAAUGCUCCUCCAUCUAACCCAGACAUUCAGGAAACUCCUAAAAGUCUACUCAGACUCAUUGACCUGAAAGACAAGACGAAGAAUGGUGACUUUAACAAGAAACGGAAAAAGAAGGACAAGGACCAAGAAUAUAAACAUAACCUUGGACCAACAUUCAAACAGAAACCAGGUGAAAGUGACAGAGAUUUUGUACGUCGUAUGAAUUAUGCCUGUAUGACUGUGACCAGAGAAGUGGCAUUUGCUGAUAAAUAUGGAGUAGAAAUAACGCGUAAUGAAGACGGCGAGGUAUGAAACUGCUGACAUAUUUUUGCUAGAAUUAAAUGUAUAAAAAUAACUGACAAAAUGAAUUAGUAAAUUGUCAACCAAAUUUUAUCUAAUUGAAAAACAGUAUCAGUGGAAUCACAUUGUAGUCCUAAAGCAACAUUAUUUGAGUAACUAAAAAAUUAAACAUUACAUUUGCUGCCUGUGGUAAUGAAGGAAUGAAGGUAGAAGCUUUAGUUAAGAGACCCAAAGAUGAGCUAGAAAUAAUGCUGAAAAAAAUUCGAAAGGAGAAAAAAGGAAAAAAACUGAAGAAAAAUAAAGGGGAAGGUAAUACAGAAGUGGUCAGACUGACUAAAUCACAGAAAUGGGCAUUGAAGAAAAAAGAAAAGAAGUUGAAGAAACAGAAGAGACACUCAGAUGAAUUCAAAAAAGCUAACGAUAAUGUAAAAUUUGGAGAAACAGUACAUGCACCACCAUCAUUAAGUGCUCCAAAAAAAGCCAGCAUAGAUGAAAGUGGUAUUAGGCCUGGAAAGAAGAACCUGUUACUCAAAUCAAUGUUAAAAGGAAACAAAGAAAAUAAAGCAGACCAUAAAGCUGAUCCACUCAGAAAGACUAGUAAUAAAGUUAUUGAUAAAAAAGGCAAAAGGAGAUGUCUACCUAAUGCUAUGAGGCGACAGUUGGAUUCUCAGCAAAAGGAAAUAAUUGCAGCUUAUAAAGAAUUGAAAGCAAAGAAAUAUUUAAAAUAAAAUGAUCUAUAAGGGUGGAAUUUCUUAUCAUUGAAUAUGGUUAAGUGUCAGAUUUAUAAUUUGAAAGUACAGGAUGUUUUUAAAGUAGGAAGUUUACUUUACACAAUGAACAGUCCAUGCAAAAAUAAGCAAUUUUCCUAGUAACAUACACAAAAGGCUUAAGAUAUCCAAUUUAUUUAGUUUAGAAAAAAUCUGAAUAAGUUAGCCUGCCUCUGCUCUCAAACUGAAGCCAAAAUUUGUUAAAAUGACUGUUGAACAGACUGAAUGUAGUGAGGUUCCUCCAGUAAUGCCACUUAUCAUUUCUUAAAUAAAACCUACUGAGGAGUAGCUCCUUAAUGAUACUUUUCCAUUUCAGUACAACAAAGUAAAGUUCUUGAUGGUGAACCCUCCUUUCUUGAUAUUGUCAGGUUUCCCUGAAAGAUGCCUUAGAAAAGGUAGGCAACCCAUCUACAUAUGAGCUAGUCGUAUUAUGACUUAACAUGUAGGUAGUAUUGGUGGUAAAUAGAGGAACUUGCAAAUUUGGCCCUGUUAGAUAUGGAGUACUUCCUCCAUGCUGAGUUCGGUUUUGGUACAACAAAGUGGAGUAAAAAAGUUUGGCUACCUGUACAAAUAUAAUUCACUUGAUUUUGACAUUAUGAGUACUUACUCCAUGCCACAUUUCAUUCUACUGAAACAAAAUAUAUAUGUAUAUGAAUAAAAAAAAACGAUUUCGACCAUUUUUAUGACCCAUUUUUCCAAGACAUAAAACAGAUAUUGCUCUUAAAGGGAUUAAUGGCAGACUGCUGGAUCUAGUGUUUUCUAAGAGAUGCUGUAUGGUUGAAAAGGCAUACGAAGAUUCACUUCCAGAGGAUGUUUAUCACCCUCCUUUAUGUAUCACCCUAGAAAACAGUAUUCGGAAUCUCAAACAGAACACAGUAAAACCGACAGAACAUUUUAAUUUCCGAAAAGCUGAUUUUCUUCUGCUGUAUGAGCAAAUUGGUGUGGUAAAUUGCUUUUCUGGAUGAUAUACAAGACUCUGAUAUUGCGUGUAGUUUAUUUUACAAUACACUAAAUUGCAUAUUCAAAAUGUGUGCCCCAAAAACUAAAUUAAGCCACAGGAAAUACCCACCUUGGUUUAAUGGUGAAAUAAUUAGGAACAUAAAAAACAAGUAUAAGCUGCACAAACUGUACAAUAGAUAUGGACAAGCUGAAACGUCUGAGGAGUUUAAACAUCUGAGAGCAAAAAUCAAAAGAGUUCUAUAUAUAAAAAAUACUUAAA